AUGAACACGAUUUUAUCUACGAAACUCAAUGUUUGGGAACUGCGUAACCAUCCAGGUGUGACACGUUCACAAAAUACACAUAUAACUGCAACAGCGAAAGCUUUUUCAUUUGCUAAUUAUAUGGCAUUGGUGGAAUUAGUAUAUCAGAAUCUCCUUCGACUUGUUGUUUCGCAAAAUACAGAUGGUUUACCAUCAAUACUAUUAGCUGAACUGCUCGGAAAUUCAAAUUUGAAAAUUUGCCAGAAAAUGUCACACAAAGUAUCUACGCGAUUUCCAUACGCGUACAUCUUCUCAAGCACAUGGUCAUGCCAAACGCACCGAUGUUUGCUUGGUAUUAAGCUCUUCAUUACGGGUCAUUUCAGCUGUGAACAAAGAGGUAAAUUAGCCAUUGGCAAUCUACAAUCGACUCUAUUAGCUUCGUUAGCUAAAUUAAAUGUUCACAUAAUGUGUGAAGACCCCGUUCAUAGAUUAAUAGUGCAAUUAGAAAUUUCCAUACCCGAAUGGGAACUGUACCGGCGCAUUCGUGUGCCGAUAAAUCAGUACACUGUGUCUGUUAUGGACUUCGAUCUCAGUCAAGAUAUUACUUAUACAUUGUUUUCGACCAUUCAAGUCAACGUUAAAUAA